AUGGGGAGAACCAAAUUUAAAGUUAUUGGAGAAAAGGAAGAAUGGAGCAGUGAAAAUGAAGAUGAAAAUGGAUUCCGUGCAGCAAUUAAAACGGAUCUGAAUGUUUCACCAGCCGAACUUGUUUAUGGAACUUCACUUCAACUUCCAGGAGAUUUUUUCGAUGAACAUUCGGUUAUAAAAAGCCCUGAAACUAUGAUACAGAAGCUAAGAGAUAUAUUUCACGAUUUUGCUCCUUUACCGACAAAAUCACAUUCUAAUAUUAAGCCUUUCGUAUCACAAGACUUAAAAACUUGCACUCAUGUUUUUAUCAGAAAUGAUGGGGUGCGGAAAAGUCUUCAGCCGCCAUACAACGGACCUUAUGCAGUCAUCAAGCGCGGCGCGAAAGUGUUCAAAGUAAUGAUAAAAGGCAAAAAUGUCACUGUGUCUGUAGACAGGCUAAAACCAGCAUUUCUGUCUGCUGACAAGGACAAUGUUAACCAACCAGAAGAAGAAAUGCGUAAAAAAGAUGAAGAAACUUCAUAUAGGACAAAAUAUGGACGAACAGUUCACUUCCCAAAGAAUUAUGGACAUGUCAUUCGUGGUUAA